GGGUUUGGGGGAGUCGAUGAUUUUGCAUUUUAUGCCGCGAGGCGAACGUGUGUUAUAUCGCGAGGCUUACGUUGGUUUAUCAUCAAUUUUAGGUUAUAGACCUAUCUUUCUGCUAGUAAUGUCGCAAUACGCUGUGAAACUCCAAAGUGGUGCAUCUAUGCCCAUCAUUGGAUUAGGCACUUGGAAGUCUAAGCCAGGUGAGGUAGAAAAUGCUGUUAAAGCUGCCAUUGACUGUGGCUACCGACACAUCGAUUGUGCCUGCGCUUACCAGAAUGAACAAGAAGUUGGUACAGCUUUGAAGGCUAAGAUUGAUGAUGGUACAGUAAAGAGGGAAGACCUAUUUAUCACCAGCAAGCUUUGGAACACAUUUCAUUAUCCUGAAGACGUGAUGAAAACUUUCAAAAAUAGUCUUGACUUGCUGGGAUUAGAAUAUCUUGACCUCUAUCUUAUCCACUGGCCCAUGGCAUACAAGAGAGGAGAUAAUUUAUUUCCCAAAGAUGACUCUGGCAAGUUUAUCUAUGCAGAGGAAAUUAGCUUCACUGAUACAUGGAAGGCUAUGGAAGAGCUGGUUGCUAAAAAACUGUGCAAAUCCAUCGGAGUGUCGAACUUCAACGAGCAGCAGAUUGACAAAAUACUUGCUCUUCCACCCAAAGCCCCAGUAGCAGUAAACCAGAUUGAGCUGCAUCCAUAUUUGACUCAACAAGCAAUGGUUGAUUAUUGUAAUAGCAAGGGUAUCGUGGUAACAGCUUACAGUCCGCUAGGCUCACCAGACAGGCCUUGGGUAAAAGAAACUGAUCCAUCUUUGAUGGAUGAUCCAAUGGUUCUGGAAAUUGCAAAUCGCUACAAAAAGAGUCCUGCCCAAAUUCUCAUCCGUUUUUCAAUCGAACGUGGCAUCGUAGUUAUACCAAAGAGCAUCACUCCAGCACGAAUCCAGGCUAAUUUUGAAUCGCUCAACUUUGAAUUAAAACCUGAAGACCUGAAGCUGCUAUUGGAUCUUAACAGAGACUACCGAGGAUGUGCACUGGAAUGGAUUUCUGAUCACAAAGAUCAUCCAUUUCCACUUGUGUCAUAGGUCAGAGUGAUGCAAGGGACUGUUUGAAAAACAUAGUGUUGACAAGAAUCCAUUGAUGCUGGUUUAAAAACAGGAGAUUCAAAUCUACUGGUGUUUUA